AUGGAUUCUGAUCCAGCAAAUAUCUUACUAUUAUUAGUAUUUGCAUCAAUAGUUUUAUUUUUUGCUUUAUCAUUCUGUGCUUAUAGAUUAUUCUGUCGCAACUCAGACAGAAAUGAGUAUUCUAGUUUGGACUCUGAUAUAUUGGGAUCACAUCUGAAUAAUGUUCCAAGAGAAUUUUUAAAUGAUGAAGAAAGUUUAUUAGACUUGGCAGAAACAUUUGAUUUCACCAAUUUAUCUCCUGAAGAACAAGGAUCAUAUUUGAAAGGGCAAGAAUUCACCACCAAUAAUCCUCCUGAUUUCACCAAAGUAAGAGGCAAGACAUUCACAAUAGAAGAUGAAAAACUCAUUAAAGAAUGUGGUAUAAAUGCAUUCCAAUUUGACCCAGAUCAAGAAUUGUUAAAUCUGCGUUAUAUUGUUGCCGACAAGACAGAAUUGAAUUUCAAUAAUAAUGAUAUGCCUUAUUCUACUGCCACUACAGUGUUGAAUUAUCCUUUACCAGUGAGAAAUAGAAUAUAUUCCGAUAUUGUUUAUUUUGAAACCAAAGUUUUCGAAUUCACUAAUGAAAACAAUCCUAAUGCACAUUUCUCUAUUGGAUUAGUCACCAAACCAUACCCAUCAGCAUUUAGAUUACCAGGCUAUAAUAAAUUCUCCAUAGGAUACGAAAGCACAGGUAAUCUCAAAAUAAACAAACCUUUCCCGACUCCUUUACAACAACAUCAAGAUGAACAUAGCGAGUAUAAUGCAUUGGUAUUACCUCCAUUGCAACAAUCCGAUAUUGUUGGGUUUGGUUACGUUAUAUCAACCGGUACGAUUUUUAUCACUAGAAAUGGUAAAAAAGUGUUAGAUGUGAUGAAAGGAUGUUUUGUUGAUUUGUACCCUGCAGUUGGAUGUUUUUCAACCAAUGCCAAAUUUCAAGUGAAUUUAGGACAAUUGGGUUUCGUGUGGAUUGAAGCCAAUGUACGAAAAUAUGGAUUUGUAUCAACCAGCGACUAUAAAAAGAUAUCCGGGGAUAGAGGUUUAGCUUCAUUACCACAAUACGACAAAGUCAUUGUUGAAGGCGAUAAAGUUUUGGAUAAAGGUGAAGAAUUACCACCGAGAUAUCCCGAGGAAGAAUUGGAUUUUUUUGGACGCACUGUUAAUGACAAUGUCAGAGUAGGGUCAAGUUCUCAACAUAUGAAAUUGAGUGAAAAGAAUGAGGAUGGUGAUGCUGAAGUGGGCAAUGAAGUUAAAGAGCCAGUUGAAGGUAGUUCUUCACAAGUAACUGAUGAACCAGAAGAGAUUAUGGAUCUUAGAGAAAGAAUUUACGAACAAAAUAUUCAAAAUGAGACUUCGUCAAUUGAUGAAUCAACACCAUUAAUAGCACAGAAUGAGAUUAGUGUUUUGGAUGGAAUAGUUGAAUCUCCACUCGAAGACAAUAAAAACGAGGAACUGCAAUCAGAGAGUCAACAAUUAGAGCCAGUUGAAGAGAAUGAAGAAACUAAUGAAAACAUAGUGGAAGAAGAACCACUUGUAGCAACAAAAGUGUCUGCUAAUGACAGUGUCACCACACAAGAAGAAGCUUUAAUCGAAAACACAGAAUCUUCUGUGACUAAUACAGAAAACUUGAAACCAUCGGAACCAUCAUCACUGAUACCAGAAGAAGAACAAGAGCCAACAUCACAACCUGUCUCAGUGCCAGAACAAGAACCAGCACCACAACAGGAACAACAAACAGAACCAGUACAAGAACCUGCACAAGAAGAAGAACCCGUGCCAGAAUCAGUGCAAGAUUCAGUGCCCGAACCGGUACCAGAACAAAAGCAAGAAACAGUAACAGAAUCAGUACCAGCAAGUACUCAAACAGAAGAAGGAGAAGAUGAAGUAUCUGAAGAACAUGGUAGUAAUGAAGGAACUAGUACUGAACCUUCAGCAAGUCCUGAACCAACUGGAAAUGAUGAGAAUAAUAAUAUUGGCAAUGAUUCCACUCCACUUACCACAGGUUCUUCCUCCAAUAAACCUAAUCAAAAAAAGAAAAAGAAGAAAAACGGAAAAAAAGGAGGCAAGAAAAAGGGUAAGAAGAAAUAG